AUGGGACUCGAACGUGGGAUGCAAGCUGUGGUGACAGCUGCUGUAUUCAACGCACUCGCUUUUGUCUUUAUUGUGCUUCGGUGCAUUUCUCGGUUUAUGGUCAUCCACCAGGCUGGGCCUGAAGACUAUUUGAUCAUAUUCGCUUUGGUACUUUCUGUUGGUCUCACCGUGACGAUUGCGCUUCAAAAGGACCAUGGCUUGGGUCGUCAUGCGGACACGGUCAGCGAAGAGGACAACGAGACGCUUUCAAAGCUGCUGUAUGCCAGUAUCAUAGUCUACAACCUAGGACUGUUCCUAGUCAAAGACUCAAUCCUCUACCAGUACUUAAGAUUCUUCGUUGAGAGACGUUACCGUCUGGCUGCAUGGAUCCUCAUUGUCUUCAUCUGUGUCGCCGGAGUCACCUUCAUUUUGACUUCUUGUUUCUCCUGCUGGCCCGUCGCAUACUAUUGGGACAAGAGCAUCAAAGGCGGCCACUGCGUUGAUCUCAUGGCAUUCUGGUUCAGCUUUUCCGGCUUCAACAUCGUCACCGACCUGGCAGUCUGGGUGUUGCCGAUGCCUGUUCUGAAGAGUCUGCAACUUCCUAGGAAACAGAAGAUCAGCUUAAUCGCCGUGUUUGCUUUGGGUGGUUUCGGAUGCAUCACCGCCAUUCUCCGUCUUCACGCACUCUACAUCGCCAGCAUAUCGACCGAUCUCACCUACGACAAUGUCGGUGCUGCGACCUGGUCAGCUGCCGAACUCAACGUGGGCAUCAUGUGCGCCUGUAUCCCCGCCAUGAGACCCGUCAUCAGCUUGAUAUUCCCGCGCCUCCUUUCCUCCUCGCGCCGCGACCAGCAGUCCAACCCGUAUCCCCGCGGAGCAUCAUACAUGCGGAACGACAGCGUCGUGGAACUGUCGCAGGUGGUCAAAGCGCAUAGCGAGGUGAGCCGAGACGACACGGUCAGCUUCGACCAUGGACAUGAACCGAAUGCGAUCCGCAUCAAAAAUGAGUGGUCUAUCAGUGAGCGCGAGCGUGUCUGA